AUGAUCCUGUCCAUGCAGAAGGGUUCGCAGAGCUCGCAGCUCUUCCUCCUGUGCCAGUUCUCGUUGGGUUGCGGCAUGGCGUGUAGCCUGGACUACCUGCAGGAAGGGGCCCCGCACCGCACCUGGAACCUGCUGCUGGCGGCCGGGCUCUCCAGCCUGGUGGUGUGGCAGACGAGGCGGAUGUUGCGUCACAUUGGGGAGAUGUACCGGCUGCACAGCAGCGAGCGUUACUGCGGGGUGUGCCUGACUCUCCUGGCAUGCUGGCGGGACGUGCCGCCUUUCCUGUGCCGGGCCCUCAGGGUGGCCUUCCUGGUCUCUGAUUUGGCUGCGGUCGCCGUGAUCAACCGAGAUUUCCUGACCACGUCGGAGGCCGUCCGCUUCUGGACCCCGCUGACCAUCUGCUACACCCUGCUGGUCAUCUACAUGCAAGAGGAGCAGCACCAGCACCCCACAGAACAGAUGGCGUUCCAGACGGUGUUUGUGCGGAUGGGGGGUCUCCUGAUCCUGAUGAUGACGGUGGGGGCGAUGGGCGGACAUUCUACACAUCUUCUUGUCUCUGAUUGGAGAGAUCUGGUGCCUGAUGUACGCGGGGAUGAUGCUGGAGAUCUGCAGAGAGAGGAGGUGAGAUGA